GCAGAUUGAUAGAUAGGGGAACACCCCUCGAGGAGGAAGUUUUGCCAGCACGAGCCGGGUUCGGAGUGUAGUUUCGAUAGAGCUCCUUGAAAGAGAAACUGCACACCAGAACAAGCUGCUGAACAUGGUAAACCGAGACGACGAGCCGACAAUCGUGUGUGUUGUUGUGUUAUGGUGCUGGAGCGUUUUGACGGGGUUCGCCGAUGCCAUAGUGAGCGGGCUGGCGUACAUGGUAAGCUGCGUGUACGACGCCAGCAGGUAUUACGAGAUCCGGAUAGCGGUGUUGGGGAUGCGAAACGCCGGGAAGAGCACGUUUGUGACAGCAUUGAAGAGGCUGGAGGGUGGGGAGGGUGGUGUUGGUGUGGCCCCGGAGAGCAGAGACACGGUGCCGACGCUGACGACGCAAGUGUCGAACGUGGUGCUGCAGAGACACGGGCUCGGAGUGGCGGGGCGGGGGCUACGGGGCGCCUGGGACGUUGCCGACGGCCCGAGCAGCAAGAGCUUGAACGACACGGAGGUCCGAACGUACGGGACGGCCAACUCCGGCGGCGAAGAAGAAGAAGAAGAGGCAGCAGCAGAGAACAACGGGGAGGGACCCGACGGCGGCGCCGACCAGGGGACGAGUUUUGACGUCCUCAGCAGCUACAUCCGCUCGAUGAAGAGCGGCAAGACGCUGCGGAGCACCAAGAGCCUCAAGAGUCUGCGAAGUUCCUUCAAGGACCACGAGAGAGGCAGCCCGCUGCCCGGCGACCCCGACAACACAGGCCACCAGCUCGCCAGCCCGCCGCCGGUGGAGCAGACUGCCCUGUUACCGGGUGCCCGUGCCCGGGAGAAGGUCGUGGCAAAGGUCUCCGACCUCAGCGGCCAGGCCAAGCACGCCCACCGCUGGCCGGAGUACGUUGCGGCAGCCAAGAGCGACUGCGUCGUCUACGUGCUGGACCUCAGCGACAGCCUGACGCUCCGGGAGAGCCGAGAGAAGCUCCGGGAGCUGCUACAGUACAACAACGCCCAUGACCGGCUCCCCUUCCUCGUGGUCGGCAACAAGGCCGACCUUGUUGACUGGAAGACUGCCUUCGUCGACCCCCGCAACGGUGCCGCCGGCGCCGCCGGCGUGCACCGGGCCUUUGGCUUUGACGGCAGCCAGCGCAGCCGCCACCAGCGCCAGCUGGUCGCCUGGCUUGGGCUGCAGACAAAGGGUGACUGCUCCACGGGCGUCGUGCUCUCUGGCGCCACCCCUGCGGAGUUGCAGUUCGAGGUGGCCGUCUUCGUCGUGUCCGUGUUGCGGGAAGACGUAGCCCCGAUGCUUGCGUGGGCCCUCGGUGCGGGAGGAGAAAACUGGGCAGGCUGUGUUCUGUGAGGAGGUGAGGGUGAGGGUGGCAGGUGGCAGGAGACGGCACAUGGCACAUGGCACAUGAAAGACUGAAGGCUUGGCUGACAGAAGAGGGUCACGGGAGCAGUGGGAGGCCCUAGAAGAGG